AUGAACAUAAGUUUGCUUUUCUACUACUUCAUCAUUUUGAUCUACAAUCUAGGACUGACAGAUGCACGGGGAAAACAAGCAAGAGAAAGACCCCCACCUUUACAGCUAAACCCAGCCCCACCGAGAUAUAGAGAUGCAGAUGGAAGACCACCACCGUUUGAUCAUGGGCCAUACUCUUACGGAAAACUCAUUAACCAUUUUCCGGCGUACAAUCUUACUGAUUUGAUAAAUGACAGAAUACUGAAUAAAUACGGUAAUUCGUGCAGGGCAAAUGUCUUGACAGGUGGGUUUGUUUCAUCAGGAAAUAAUUCGUCACAUUCGAAACUUUUCAACCACACUUUAAAUUAUCCUACUUUUUUAAUCCGUUGUGAUAAUGGCAGUAACAAUUCUAAUUUCUCGCACAUCCUACAAGACUUCGUCCACGAUAUCAACCACAAUGUACGUAUCCAGGAUGACAGUACCGAAUAUAUCGGGAAGGAUCCAUUUCACCUGGGAAUGAUGAUGGUUACUUUUGCUUGUGGGUGCAUAUGCGUCGCAACUUGGAUGCUUUUUUUGGUUGUGUUACUACUCCCAUCUGAUAACCAUAAUAGAAGGAAAAAACUUGUGCAUAUUUACGUGCUCUUUUUUGCGGUUGUAAGAACGGUAUUCCUUAAUAACACUAUAGCCGUAAUCUUCAACAAGCAGUAUCACGACGACUAUCAGGAUUCUAGCCAGUUUGAGUCAUCUAUUUUAGAGGCUAAUCCCUAUAAAAUAUGCGGAUUAAUCUGCAAUAUUUUGAGUAAUAUAAACUGGAUUUAUAUUGUUCAUUACUUACAGUGUACUUAUGGGAAGCCCACUUGGAAUUGGGUCCCAUUUAAAAUGAAAAGGGGAACUCGGGUCAUUAUCAUUGUGGGUACCCUCCUUUCAUUCAUUGACAAUCUUUUGUUCGGGUUGCUUCUUUGGAAUAAGAGGCCUGUUGUCUUGAGGGCUUUUUUCAAGGGAAUGGAACUCUUGAUGUACACAAUUUUUAUUUCAGUUAUCUGUUAUUUCACAUGGCACAAUUUUGCUUACGUACUUUUACCAAAAACUGCCGAAAUUAGUGGGGAUAGCAAAUACAAAACGAAACUUCGAAUACUUUGGGAGAACUACCACGAAACGAUUCCGUUGCUGACGUACAAUAUCUUGAUCUUUGUAUUAUUUUAUUUUACCACUAUUUUUUUCGCUGCCUUCACUUUUCACCUUAGAAAAUGGACUUUUAGCUUUGUUCAAUUUUUGAAAGUUUUGAUAACGGUGAACGUUUGGGGUUUAAUUGGGGUGUUGGAGAAGAGGGAGCUGCAUAUAAGCAAAAAAACUGUACUCGGACGGAAAAUUAACAACAAAGAUAAGUUUUUUGCUAAUCCAACGGUCAAUUAUUACGAGGACGACUUAGGCAAGCGCAUAAGUUCCAUGACAUUAGACCGGGACCUAAACACUACCCAAAGCAAAGAUACCUCACACGGUUCAUCGAGCUUAGUGGUUUCCCCCUCGCCCACUUGGAAAUCACCAAUCGAAAGAAUAAAGGACAGAAGAAAAAGACACAAGAUAAUGAAAUCCAAAAACAAAUUCGAACAAAAGCACGGUACAGGAAGUAAACCCAGUUUCAGUGCUGCCACAAAAGCAACGCUCUCUAAAUACCGAAAGCUGUUGGGAAAGUCUGAGCGAAAAACUGAUUCGUAUGAGCCCAAACUUGAGCUCGGGUCAAACAAGGAGCGCACGAGAGCUAAGACGAGAAGUGCUGCCCAUUCUAGAGGUUCAACUCACCAUGCUACGUGCCUUAGUGAUGAUGAAAGUGUGGAGACAGAACUUCGAACGAACCACAUUUACAAUUACGAAAGCAGUGAUUAA